UGUCAGGUGAGAACUUGCGCAAAGAGCGGCACGUACAACUUGUGAUGUGUUAAGAGAAAGAGUUGCAAGCCUCGCGUCGGAAAUAGUCAAACUACACAAUAAUAAAAGAGGAGGUCGUUGAACACUAUGAGUCACCUUUCCCGUAUCGGUUUUGUGGUGUUUGGAUUGGGUCGUGCGGGUACCAUCCAUUCUAUGAAUCUCAUACGAAACCCACAGACAACCCUGAAAUGGAUCGUAGAUGUUGACGAAGACAAGGCCAAGAAGUUUGUGACAGAAAAUUUCGCGGAUGCACAAGUUACUGCCCCAUCGAGCAUGGACAGAGCAUUACUUGAUCCAACUGUUCAGGCUGCAGUGAUAGCCACUCCAACUGAUAUGCACGAGGAUAUUGUAAUGCGCUGUUUACAAGCUGGAAAAGCUGUCUUCUGCGAGAAACCAGUUGCCCCCACCUUUGAGGCUAUAGAGCAUUGUUACAAAGUAGCCGACAACCAAAACCUUCCAUUGUUGUGCGCCUUCAACCGAAGAUUCGAUCCAACAAUUCGCUCCGUGUUCGACAGAGUUCGAAAGGACGACAUUGGCAACGUUCAGGUUGUUAAGACAACAAGUCGAGACUCCCCUCUGCCAUCAGAAGGCUUUCUAAGGAUUUCCGGGGGGAUCUUCCACGACUGCUGUGUGCAUGACGUAGACAUUAUAUGCUGGAUGCUGGGUGAAGCUCCUCAUACGGUCUUUUGUCUCGCCCAUGCUUUCCAUUCGCACAUCGGAGCGAUGAAUGAUGUGGAUACAGUUGGGGUGGUCAUGAAAUUUCCAAGUGGCGCCAUCGGUCAGAUAGAUCUGUCACGCCAUGCUGUUUAUGGUUAUGAUCAACGCGUUGAAGUAUUUGGAUCUGGUGGAAUGCUCACUAGCGACAAUCAAAGCACUCUUGGUGCGACCUAUUUUCAUACCAAUGGGAGCACGCAGAAUCCUAUCAAAUUUUCGUUUCCGCAACGUUAUUCCGAAGCUUACGACUUAGAACUGAACCAUUUUAUUGACGUAAUCAAACAAAAAGAUGAUUUGCUCAUCUCAAAAGAUGACGUGCUUCGAUCAUUUAAUGUCGUGGAAGCUAUUGAGAAGUCUUUCCAGACAGGACAGCCAGUCAGUUUAUGAGAAGACAUUAUUGACAACAACUAAAAUCAGCAAUUAAUUACAUGAAAUAAUGACAAUUAUUAGCGGUGGUUUUUCCCUUAAAUGCUAAAAAUGUUGAAUUUUAUUUUACUGAAUUCCCUCUUUUAUGGUUGUGAGAAAAUUGAAAUAAUCACUUCUAAAUGCAAAUUUGUCGGACAGUUGAUUGAACUUCACCGAGAAACGCUAGAGUUUGACUAAUGGUCGUGGGUCGUGGGUACAAGUUGUGGGUCGUGGGUGUGGGUAAACGUCGUGGGUGUGAUUAAUACUUAACAAUAACAAUUAUCAUUUGAGUAGUUUUGUUCAGGUCAAACGCUUGAUCAACACACAAAAAAAUAAUCUUGCAAUGAAAAGAGAGAAGUGUUAAACUUAAAAGAACAACGUUUUCAGAACAUGAAAGAAGCUUCAAGGAUCAGAAACACGGCUAUUGGCCGUGUUCUUGAAUUAAAAUUAAAUUGUGUUCUCAGUGCCGGUUAAAAAUAAAUGAAGUUUCAAAAGUAAAAGUAGAUCCCUCUGCUGGUUAGGGAAAAUAAAGCUUGUGUUGAUCAAUGACAUUCAGACAAAGAGCCGAAUGCUUCUUUAAUUGUCAUCUCCGUAUCGCGUACCAUCUACCCCGCAUCUAAGAAAAAAAAUGAAGUGAAACAGCGAACUGUUACAAGAUUAGCCGAUAUAUAGAUAGCAACGUUGCAACGUUAGUUGCAGGUCUGGAGAUGUUGGCUCUAAAAUUAAGGUUUUUCCAAGGCACGAAAAUAUAAAAUCUCUGGUAUCCAGUGUGCGGUACAAUCGUCAACCGGAAAUCGCAAGCCAAUGUUAAAUUGGUCGCGACAACUGGCAUCGGUGACAAGAAAUUAAACGAAGAACCAAUUAGUACAAUCUUAAAAAGUUUUCUUCGUCCAUUUAACUGGCCAGGUCCUUUUCUAAAUCACAAAAUAAACUAGAUGUGAAGAAUUAGUGAAAUAAGUAAAUUAAUAAAUAAAGAAUUUCUAAUAAUUUCAAUUUUUAAACGAUUCAUUUCUUAUCUGACAAAGACCAGAUUCUGCAGAGUUGCGAAAUGUGACGUACUCAAGAAAGAUACGUUUCAUUGUCCGUCGAGAAGUAUUGCAUUACUUCACGGUAGCUAAUGAAAGUCAUGUUUCACGUCUUGUUUUGAGACGCUUACAGGAUAAAUUUUUGGAAAAGAAGAAUAACAACGGUUCAAGUCACGUUUCGCGAAAAAGGCCAGUCAUUUCGCAAUUUCCAUGAAGAAAAGGCGAUUCAACGUUCACGGCGAUAUAACCAAUUCACCUUUAAAACCAGCCAUAGGGCCCUUCACGAUCACGAAAAAACCCUUUUCCACUACAAAAAUAACAGUAAUUGACUAUUAGUAGUAAUACUAUUAACAUUAUUAAAUAUGAGCUCUUAACCAUUAAUUGUGUGUAUUACCCACACCCAUGACUUGUACCCACGACUUGUACCCACGACUCACGACCAAUAGUCAAACUGGAAACGCUCAUGUCAAUGAUGGUUGCCAUAUCAUAUUCGACAAGCCAGAGCGGAAUAAUCAAAUUGUUUGAAUAAAAACACACAAAGAAAUAA